AGUUAGUCGUCUCACAUUCUUCUUUCCUAUUCACCUUCGAUAGUUUCACAAUGAGCCUCCCGGAAGCGCGCUUCAUGGGCCGAGAGAUUGGCAAGAACUAUGAAACUGUUUUCCAGGUUCGCACAAUGGGAUCACUGCUCGCCGGAGUGGCCGCCGGUGUUCUUGGGCUGACAAACUUGUGGGGACUUUUCUUUUUUGUGGCUUUCGCUGCCGUGACCUCGUUCGCCAUUAUGACUUUUGGCUGCAGCGGCAAUCCGAACAAGUACUUCCCGAAAGGAACGUCUGAGUUGUUUUCUGUUCAGCAAAUGCUUAGCGGCGCCAUGACAUACAUUCUUGUAUGGACAGUUAUCUAUGACGCCAUCUACAUUUUCUAA